GUGAACUUUAGCGGCAGCGCAAUGGCCAAGGGCGGAGACAAGCGACAGCGCCGGGACAGGACGCCCGAGCCGCCGGCCGAGGCCCGCAAGAAGGCCAAGGGGGGCCAUGAGACCGACGACGACGACGAAGAGGACGACGUCCGUGGCAUCACGAUGCGCUCGAAGAAGAGCAAGCCGCUCCGAGCGCAGCCGAUGGACUCGACCGACGACGAGGCCGAAGACGACAACAACGCCAUGGCGCCGCCGGCCAACGAAGACUAUACUGCCUCCGAAGAGAGCGCGUUUGUGACACCGGCCGCGACGCCCAACGAGCCGCGCGACGCCACGCAGACGGAAGAGGCCAUGGCUCGUCGCCGCAUGCGCAUCAAGGGGUCGCUCUCUCGCCGGAAAUCGCUAACGCCUGUGACCAAGACGAAGCAGUACGUCGCCGACAUGUACUCAAAGAUCAUCCAAAUGUCGUCGGAAAACAAAAUCAACUCGAAGAACGCGUUCUCGCUCCACCUGAUCGACCACAUUGACGACAUCCUCGUCGAGAAGCGGCAAGAGGACGAAGACUCGACCGACACGUACAACUUUCAAAAGGCCAGCUGCACGCUCGACGCCAGCGUCAAGAUCUAUUCGUAUCGCGUCGAUGACACGUGGAACUCGUCGUUCAAGGUGCUCGAGAACCUCACGCGCGGCGACGACGUGCCAGACGACGACGGCGACGACGACGGGGCGUCCCAGCGCCGCCAGGCCACCAAGAAACUCACGACGGGCAACACGACCGAGUCCAAUAUGAACAAUAUCAACAUGAAGUCGGUGGACCUCGAGUUCCAAGUCGACCCGCUCUUCCAGAAGAUGUCGCAGGCCUUUGACGAAGGUGGCGCGAAGGGCAUGCUUCUCGUCAACCUCAGCGUCCAUGACGGCUGCAAGAUCAUGCUCGACUCGAGUAACGUGCAGGCUGUACCCGAAAAAGUCGAGCCGACGGCUCUUGCCGACAAGGUCGAGGCCAAGCCGCUCAUCAACAUUUCGAGCUUGGCGAAGCGCUUGCGCGCCGAGCCGACGCUGGCAGAGGAACAAGAAAUUUGCCCGAAGCUUGAGCAUUUCUAUGACCAGCUCAAGAGCAUGAACCACGAUUUUUUCGAAAAGAAGGUGACGGUGCCCCGCCUCGACAUUGCGGCGUCGCAAGAGAGUCGCCCGCGCCGCAUGACGCUGCUCCCCAACGCCAACGAGUCGAUGAUGGACGACGACUACGACAUGGGCAUCGGCGCCGACGACGACGACAACGACGAUGAUUAUGCGCCGUCCGAGUACGCCCCGACGCCGGCACCGGCACCGAUCGAUCCCGCGUCGGUGGCAACCGCCGUGCCCGACGACGAAGAGCAGGACGAGACGGUCGCCAAGCCGCUCAACUUUGACGACGUCGAAGACGACGAAGACGACGAACAGCCAGAGAUUGAAGCGGCGGUGGAGCAUCAUCCGCCAAUGGACGACAUUGACGACCAGCACCAGCACAUGCUCGAGAGCGCGCUCAUGCGCUCGGUGGGCGGCGACAAAAAUGAUGAGUACUCUUUUUUCGACGUCAAGACGCUCAAAAAUUGGGCGGGGCCGUCCCACUGGAAGCUCAAGCUGCGUGGUGUCCGGGCAUCGGCCAAGCCGUCGGCGAAAGCAUCGGCGAAAGCCUCGGCCAAGCCGUCGGACAAGUCGCGCAAGAAGGAAGCGUUUACGUUUACGGCCACCGAGUACGACAUGGCGGCAGCCUUGAAGAAGCCCAAGUCCAAGACGGCGUUGACGCUCACGGUCACGAUGUGCAAGCGGUACGAGCUGGAAGCCGCCAAGCUCGUGUACCCCGUGGACCUCCACGUGCAGCUCUCGGGGUUUUACCAGCUGUUUACGCGGCCGCAGUCAAAGAUCUUUGCGCAGGCGCCGGCGUUGAUGAUGAGCCACAAGAGCAGCGCGUCGACGGUCGCGGCCAUGUCGUUUGGUCGGACGCCCGUGCUCUCGAACGACCACGCACCCAACGACAACGACGACGAUGACGGGAUUGACUUUGGCGGCGGCGCCGAGGAUUUUAACCCAGCCGACGACUACAACGUUUCUGGGCUGCUCCAAGCCGACCGCGUUGUCGACAAGAUCAACAUUACGUAUGAAAAGUUCGCCAAGCGCGUGGACGUCAAGAAGCUCAAGGAAAGCAUUUGGUCGACGCUGCCCUUCCAUGUCGAGAGCAAUGACGACGAAGAAGAGACGAAGGAAGAUGCUGCAAUGGACGAGCUUUCGGCGUCGGCGGCCAAGCUCCACGUGGACGAUGUGGUUUCGUUUGAAGACAUGGUGCAUGACGUGGCUCCAAACGUGCCUCGCAAUGUGACCGUGUCCUUCUACUUUAUUUGUAUGCUGCACCUCGCGAACGACAAGGGACUUGAACUCACGGGGCAAGACGACCUCCAAGAUUUCAAAAUCGCCAAAGACAAGUCGAUCGUGCACUAGUUGGCUCUACCAUUCGUAUCCGCAGCACAUGGUUUCUCUUCCCA